AUGGCAAAAGUAAAAGGAAAGAAGGAAGCUAAAAAUUCCAAGAAUUCUCAGAGCCAUAUUCGAGCGCGGCUGGAUUAUCUACACCAAGCCGCUGCAUAUUUCCAGGGCAAAUCUACACACGUCAAGGAUCAGAACGCCCAAGUCCACAACAAUGAACACAACUCAGUUACUAGUCAUGUUAGCUCAGGGGAGGAUGGCCAUACGCUAGAUACCAAACAACAAGUCUGCUCCGUGAAUCAAAAAAAGACUCAAGAGCCAUUGAGGAACCUCUCAAGGGUAUGUGUAUCACAUCUACGCGCCGUUGCAAUGAAAACACAGAUUCGGCUUCCAGUCACAUUGAAGAGAUCAGUUUGCAAGCGCUGUGAUAUACUCCUCAUACCGGGAGUGACUUGCUCUCAUGAAACCGAAAAUGCAAGUCGCGGCGGCAAGAAGCCAUGGGCCGAUGUACUAGUCGUCAAGUGCCUCUCAUGCGGGACUGAAAAGCGAUUCCCCCAGACGGAGAAACGUGGGAAAAAGCUCGUUCAGCGUCGCAAAGAGAAAGAUUCGGCCUCGUUACGCGAUUUGAAUGCACCAAAUGUUGAUACCUUGGCGGCGUCGCAAGGAGAACCAGUCAAAUUAUGUGAGGACGUGACGAUGUUGGAUGCUAUGGAUGUUCCAGCGACAUGA